AUGUCUUCUGCUCUGAACGAUGUGCACGGCGCUCUUGCUGUCGAGUGCGAACGGUCUGCUUCCUUCGAUCUUUCAACCGCGGAGGCGGGUAUCGCACAUUCGAGACGGUUUGUAUCGUCGAGGCAGCGAAGGCUCAAACUCAAGCUCACCGAUAUUGUGCAAGGGGAUUGGGGUCUUUCGGCGAGGCUGGGAUCCUGCAAGGCUGAUGGCGUGGAUAAGUAUUUUGCACUCGCCCAUCGCGACCAGGAGCUAGAGGCGCUGCGAUCGAUGGUUGCUAAUCUACGGGAGGCGUUCGCUCAAGAACACGCUGCGAGACAGGCUGCCUCGGCGGGUCUCGAGGAUGCAAGAUGGGCUGCGGCUUCUUAGAAAGUGCUAGAGGGCUUUGCGCAAGACCGUCAAUAAGCUUACGGCUGUGGUGCUGAAAGCGGACAACAUCAUUUCAGCGCUGCGCAAGGCCAAGGCUUUCUCGCCGAGCAAUACAGCCGCAAACAAGGAGCUCACUUAAGC